AUGAAUAAAUAGCCCUGGUAUUAAAAUUAUUUUAUGUAUAUUAUGGAUGAGCAGUAUCAAAACUGUUAAAGUUGUUAUUUUCACUAUUGUUAAUUAAAUAUCCAACUGAUUUAAUUUCGUUUCCGCUCUUUAUUUAAAUAUUAGAUUACAUACUUGUAAGUUUUUUAGUGUUUAAUUAUUUUAGUUCUAAGUUUUUUCCACUGUUUUUUUUACUUAUGCUUCUCCUAAAAUUUUUAUUCAACAAUGGAAAUGGAGAAUUUACAGCUGUCUGAUUUGAAAUAUUUUAAAUGGUUCCAGAUUUUUGAUAUUAAUUGGCUUAAAACUCAUAAUUCUACUAAUAACUCGAAUUGCUUUUCUUUCUUAUAUUAAAUUUCUACUGGUAAUUAUCCUAUCUGA